ACGACACUUUGUGGCGAACCAAUUUACGGCUCACGUUGAUAGCGACGCGGAAUCUGUAAACAAUUUCUGCACUUUACAGAUCUUUCAGAACGACUGAAAGAAAAAUGUCUUUAAGUUCAGAUAGGAGGGUGACCCGAAUGAUGUUGAAAGCAAGGAGUGGAGAAUUUGAUGUAGAGAGUAUACAUUCCUUGAGCCUCAGAGACAUGGGUUUGUCUGAGUUGGGCUGUAUUGGGGAGUGCUCUAGCCUGGAGAGACUGGAUCUGUCAGGGAAUGAGCUAUGUCAGCUCUAUGCUCUGGCCAGCCUGGUCAACUUGUCUUCACUCAACCUCACAUCCAACAGAAUCUCUAGUCUGGAAGGUUUACAGGCCCUGGACAGUUUGCAGAUUCUGAAUGUGUCUGGUAAUAACAUCAGAAGUGUGGAUGGUUUACGAUAUGUGAGUGGUCUGGAGAAGCUAAGGGAGCUACGGCUAAAAGACAGUCUCAAAGGCCUUACUAACCCGAUCUGCUCACAACCUUUGUACAAGUCAGAGGUCAAGGCCAUGUUCCCAGAUCUACUCUCACUUGAUGGAGAGAGAUUACAUGGGAAAGGGAGUGAACUGUUCCAGAUGUGUGAUGAAAUUGAUCAGGCUAUUAAAGCAAAUGCUCAGAGUAAAGACAGUGGUGCAGUGCCAGUAGCCACAGACUGGACACCUGAAGGCUUCUGGGAGCCCAGAUCCACACAGUUUGACCAGUCCAGUCUUCAUGAUGCGGAACAACAGUUAGAGAUUCUGCUCAAGUCAUGUAAACACCUAAGUGAGCAGGCAGCUCUGUCUAUACAACAUGCUACUUCCUGACAAUCAUCCAGGGGAGGUAACUGAGGGCGUGGUGCUGUCAUCAUCAAUGAAGAUGUGUGGAAGGAGGAUACAGCAGCCAUUGGAUUAUUCUUGAUAGUAUGAUAUUGACUUCUGUGAUAUUUAAUCAAUUGGAAUUUCAAAGGAAAUGUUUACCCCAGUCUAUGUACUGCAAUGAGGACAUCAACACCUGAGUGCCUCACAGGGUAAAGUAUCUGCCUCAUCAACACCUGAGUGCCUCACAGGGUAAAGUAUUUGCCUCAUCAACACCUGAGUGCCUCACAGGGUAAAAUAUCUGCCUCAUGAGGACAUCAACACCUGGGUGCCUCACAGGGUAAAGUAUCUGCCUCAUGAGGACGUCAACACCUGAGUGGGAUGCCCAGACUUUUCUCCGUACUUAAGAAAGACUGUAAAAUUGACAGUCAUAAUGUGGUAUACCGAAUACUGGUUGAUCCUGUGUCAGUGCACUGUAACUGGGAGAGGUGUCAUGUCUGGUGUCAUUAACAUGGCAUACCAGUGAGGCAGCAUCAACAGCUUGUAACAAUUGGAACCAACUAGCUAAAGGAAAACUAUCAUGAUAUGAUUGAAGCUAUGUAGAAGCAUUGGUGAGAGGUUCCUGGGUCAUAACGCUGGGCUAGCAUGCUAACCAACUGAGCCACAGAGGCGCCCCAUCUAUUUGAAUGAAUGAUUAUGGCUUAAUGCCACAUCAGCAAUAUCUGAGCCAUAUCGUGGCGCCCCAUGUAUUAGAAGAAUAAAGUAUUUGGGUUCAGGCAAUGUGAAAAAGUAAAUUAAAGUGAAGGACAGCAAAUGACUGAUGUUUAUGUCCACUGAAAGAUUAACAUUCAAAGUAUCAAACAGGCAUUACAUUUUUUUUUUUAGAUUUUUUCAACCCAGUCAAAGUAAAGUGAAACUUUGUCACAACUUCAGCAUGCCUCCAUUAUCGAGGGCAUGGUGACAUCAUGUUUACUCUAGGUGUCUAACAUUGAAGGUAUUUCCCAAACAAUAGUUUAAGCAGUAGCCUGUGGCAGAUAAAAUUUGUGGACUUUGGCUUCGGCAAUUUAGGCCCAAAUGAUAAAUAGCUUUCUCGGAAAUUGGACAUACUACGUAUAAGAAUAUUUCUUCCACUGCUUGAACUGUUGAUGCAGUAGGCGUACUAUAUCAUUCACAUGGAAUUCCAGGGACCCUGUUGUAAUAACCUUCAGAUGCAUGGCUGGGGUACUCCUGGUUCUGGCCGUAACCUGCAGAGAGGUUUGCUGGUGAUUAACAUUUUGAACCCUAUUUAAAUGUUACAAAAUUACAAAAAGAUUGCUGUACCACUACAUUCAUGCUCAAUUCUGAAACAAAUAGAAAUAAUUCUAAGCACCAGUGGGGCUGCAUGACGUAGGCAAUCGUCUGUCACUGGAUUUUAUGUUUCAGUUUUGUGGCAGUGGCUUUUAAGAUGGGAGCAGUGCUGACGGUGGCUUUUAAGAUGGGAGCAGUGCUGACCCUAUCGCGGAUGUCAGAGAAGGCACCUCAGCUUGAACAGGGUGUUUCAAUAAUUUACUGUAUUUUAUAAAAGAAAACAGAAAAAACAUCCCUUGUAUGCAAGAAGUAAAAUUUAAGUUUUUCAGUUUUAAUAAAUUCAGAGAAAACAAAUUAUAUCAUAAGAGUUAAUAAAUUGUAAGCGUUGUUCAGCGAGAUGCCGUUUUCUAUUCCACAAACCUUUGGCAUCCCUGAUGAGUUUAGCAGUGGCUCUGAUAUUUGUUAUCCAGAAACUGCUGACUAAACACAAAAAUGAAGGACAAAAAAUGUAUUUGAACAGAGUGACUGAG